AUGGACGAAGAGCCCUUUCCUCUUGCACAUGACGAGAUUCCAGAUGUCUUACAGGCGAAUGUUCCGCCAUUUGAAGAGGAAGAACGAGAAGAUACUGCCCAUGAUUAUGAUAUGAAUUUGAGUAAUGAUGGAAAUGAGCACGACGACGAGAGAAAAGAGGGCGAACAAGGUAUGUGGUUUUCAUUGUUUCCAUGAAUUUAGGCUCGUUUGUUUUACAUUUCUAUUUUAGCUGCUAAUGUGUUGGUUUACCGUCCUCAAAUUGACCUCGAUUCGAUUGUAAAUUCCUUUUCAUCUGAAGCUUUGAUCAUCCGUCUCCUAUUUGUUGCCGAUGUCUGCCCUCCAUUAAGGUCAGAGGCUCUGAAGAUACUAAUUGAACAUGUCAAAAAUGUAGGUUGUUUUUGUUUGUGAUUGAUGUUUAGAUUUCAAAGUGGAAAAAAUAUGUUGUCUUCUUCUAGAAUACCCAAAACGUGAAUGCAUACACCCUAAUCUACCACCGAAUCGAAGGAUUCAAACGACGCGGUGGCCUCUUGAACCCCGAAUUAAUCCCUCCGGUGGAUCAGCAUUGGCUGGAGACCACCACAGCCAAGGCCCAAAGUCGUCUUGAUCUUCUAAACUCCGAAUUCCGCCAUCAGAAGGACGAUGGAGUGAAAGAGUCGAUCCGUCGAGCUAUGGAUGACGUCUUUCAUCAUCAUCUGGCCAUGGGUAAUAUCCACGAUGCUCUUAAGUUGUAUUCUCGAGGAAUUCGAGAGUACUGUACGGCUCCAAACUAUCUCAUCCAAAUGCUAUUGAACUGGAUCAAUGCCUCUGUUUAUGGGUCACAAUGGGGAAAAUUGAAUGUGCUGAUCCCACAAGCUGAGAGAGCUGUGGCCGAAGCUUUGGAAAGAGAGGGAGGGAGUGGGCAAAACAGGAAUGUGAAGAGUAAUAAUGCGGACGGAAAUAGGAAGUUCAUACAGAGCUCGAAAGCAAAGUUGAAUGCCGUCUCAGGAUUGUCGGCGAUGAAGACUGGGAGGUUUAAGGACGCCGCCGACAAGUUUAUGCAGGUAAGAUUUUCUUUUUUAUAUUGGACUUCACAGUAUUUUUUUUAAUUUUCAAAGUAAUUUUUUAUAUUGUUUUAGGUGGAUCUUGACUCUCUAGACUAUCCAGAGCUCUUAUCCAAUCAUGAUAUCGCAUGUUAUGGCACUAUUUGCUCCUUGGCCACAUAUGAUCGCAAAGAGUUAAAGGAGAAGGUCCUGUUGUCAGCUUCGUUCCGAAAAUUCUUAGAAUCGGAGCCCAAAUUUGUUGAUCUUCUACAGAAAUUCACGUCGAACCAAUUCGGAAUUGCCUUGGAUAUUUUGGGUGAAAUCAAAGAUGGACUUCUGCUGAAUGUUUAUUUGGCUCCGAUCUUGAAUGAUUUGUAUGAUUUGAUUAGGAAGCGGGCGAUUGUUCAAUAUUUUGAACCGUUUUUGUCUGCAGACUUGAAUAGAAUGGCCCAGGAGUUCAGAACCUCGGUGGAGGAUGUAAGUAAAUAUUUUUCUUUGAGAAUUUUUCGUUUGAUCUAGUAUAAUGUUGAUAUUAUUUUAGCUGGAGAAAGAAUUGGUUGGGUUGAUUUAUUCGAAACUUUUGGCAGGACGAAUCGACUCGUUUAAUAAGGUCCUGCAUUUGCAAAUUGCUGAUAAACAAAAAGGAGUUUACGAAGAGUGAGAUUUUUUUUUAAAUUUUAGGUAUAGGAAUUUAUGACAAUUUUGAGGUGUUAUAAAUUGACCUUUUUCAGCAUCUUGAAGGCCAACAAAGACUUAGAAGAGACGAUCCGAUCAAUUGUAAUCCGAUCCGCCCUUCAACAACAAGGUGUUUUCAUCGGAGCUGAAGGCCAUUUGAAUAGAAAACGUCGAGAUAUCUUUGAAGAACUGGAAGCCCAGCAUAUGGGGCACUCCUCCUCGACUGGCCAUCGAGUUCUAGCGACUGUUCAACGCUUCUUCAACGCCGCUUCUUCCAGAAUCCAUCCUCAAGCACCAGAGGCCCAGCAAUUCAUGGAAGAAGAGAAUGAUGAUCCAGAUGAGAACAUGGAGAAUUAG